AUGUACCGCUCCACCAAAGGCGCCUCCAAGGCCAGACGGGACCAGAUCAACGCCGAGAUCCGAAACCUCAAGGACUUGUUGCCCAUCUCCGACGCCGACAAAGCCAAGCUGUCCUACCUGCACAUCAUGUCCUUGGCGUGCAUGUACACCAGGAAAGCCGUCUUCUUCUCCCAGCCCGAGGCGUCGGCGGAGACCGGGGCCCGCUUCUUGUCCUUCCCCGAGCUGUCGGAGCUGAUGCGGGCGUUGCCGGGUUUCAUCAUGCUGCUUACGGCCGAGGGGAAGCUGCUCUACCUGUCCGACGCCGUCUCCGAACACUUGGGACACUCCAUGGUGGACCUGGUGGCGCAGGGAGACAGCGUGUACGACAUCGUCGACGCUUCGGAUCAGCUCGCCGUCAGGAACAGUUUGUCCGCCGGGGCCGGCCCCGAAACGGAUGUUCUCUUCCGCUGCCGCUUCAACACCUCCAAGUCGGUGCGCAGGCAGAGUGCCGGAAACAAGCUGGUUCUGAUAAGAGCGCGCCGCCUAUCCGCGCCGGCCGCCUCCGCGUCCUACUGGACCUCCAAUCCGGUUUGGGUGUGUUUCUGCUCCCCUCUGGAGGCCCACCCCGCCCGCUGCGGAACGGACGAAGCGUCCGGGGGCGCUCCUCUGGGCGACGCCAAUCUUUUCCUGGAAGGUUUUCACUCCCAGCACGGACGCGACUUGAGGCUCCAUGCUGCGCACGACAGCGUGCGGUCUUAUCUGGGCUACGACGUGGCGGCGUUACGCUCGCGUUCCUGGUACAGCCUCCUCCACCCGCACGAUCUGUCGCACGCCUCGGCUCAGCAUCGCAGCCUGCUGCGAGAGGGAGGAGAGGGCCGAGCCGAGAUGGUGGUGCGCGUGCAAGCCCGGGACGGGACGUGGGUUUGGCUCUACAUGGCGCUCCAGCUGCAGUCGGGAGAAGUCCCCGUGGCCAGCGGCAACUACGUCAUCAGCGAGUCGGAGGCCCGGUCGGCGCGUCGACAGCUGAUCUCCGAGCAGACCCGGCUCAGUCCGGUCCCGAGCUCGGGCCCCGCCCGGCCGGAGAGCCUCCGGUCCCCCGACGCCUUGUCCAGCCCGGACCAGGUGUUCACCCCCGGCAGCGGCGGCGGCCCGUCUGGCCAGGCGUUCGACUUCGGCGCGGCGGCUUCCUCCUCCGACGAACGGGCGGCGCGGACCGAGGGCGAGGCCCGCUCCAGCCUCUCCUCCCUGGAAGAGGACGCCUUCUUCCGGCCGCCGCCCUCGGCGGCACCCUCUCCCACCCCGGUGACGGUGGAGACGGUGUCCGACUUGGACUUCUUGACCCAGAACAUCCUAAUGCCGCCCUCGUUCGAGCUGGACCCCCCGCUGCCGGCCCUUCCCCUGCCGCUUCCGCCCGUGCCCGCCUCGCAGGCGCAGCAGAGCAAAGAGUUUGUGUGCACGCCUCCGUACACCCCCCACGUGGGCGGGGGCACCUUCCCUUUCGGGGAGCCCCUCUUCAGCUUCGACCCCACCGGAACCACCACGCCUCCCCCGUCGGCCACCACGGCCACGGCCAGCGCCUCCGCUUCCUCGGCGGCCCCGCCCGCCGCCGCCUCCGGACCGGCGCCUCCGAGCGCCCCGUCCGCCAAGCUGGCCCUCAGCCUUCCCGCCGCCUCCACGGAACUCCUCUUCGCGUCGGACCCCUGCUGCGGAGCCCUGUACGAGAAACUGCCCCCUACGCCCGACAGCCCGGGAGACGACGACUGCACGGUGAUGACUCUCCCCGAGGUUCGAGGUCCGCUCUACGUGGACGUGCCCCUGGGGCCUCUUCAGUGUCCCCCCGAGGGUCUCCUCACGCCCGAGGCGUCCCCCGGAAAGCAGACUCGCCUCUCCUUCUUCUCCCCGGAGCGCGAAAAGGAGAGGGCGGAGAUCUCCCUGCUGGCCCGGCACAUCAGCACUCUGGCCGAGGGCUUCUACCUGGACCCGCUCCUAUCCAAGCUGUCCCCCUCGUCCGACCCGCCGUCCCCCUUCCUGGCGCCCGUCGAGACGGCGGAUUCGGUCCAGGCGCUGGAGGAGUUUUAUUCCGUCAAAGCGUGGCGGGGCCCGGACCUUCCCCUCUUCCUGGAGGAGGACGUUUCUCUGUUUGAAGAGAGCGUCCUGGAGAGCCUCCUCCCUCAGUACCCCUCUCCGCCGCCCGUCCGGGACCCCGCGAGCCCGGUCUCUCCUCAGAGCCCGCUUCGCUGGCGCCGAGCCUCCCCGUCGGAGGGAGCCGGCCAAUUCUGUAGCGUCCGGUCGGCGCGACCUGACUCGGCGGACGGGUGCGGGGUUGCCGGGGAGGAGGAGCCGGCGGAGGAAGCCAUGGAGACGGAGGAGGCGUCGACUCCGAUGUUCUCUUGUUCCCCUCUCGUAGAGGCUUCUCCUCCUCCUCCGCCGCCGCUCGUCGCCUCGCCGGGGCCCCUAGACGCCUCUGGCGCCCCCGCGCCCGUCACCUCCUGCGCUCAGUCCCUCCUGGAGGAGCUGGCCGCGCUGGAGCCCGUGUUUGGGGCAGGUGCCUCCGUGGCCCCUGCUUUAGGGCAACAACCUGAGUUGUAUCAACUCCAGUGUCAUCCAUCGCCACAGUGCUUCCACAAAGAUGGGAGUGGAAGCAUCCCUCCGUUCUAA